AUGAAUAGCCGAGGAAAUGAUAUGAAAAGAACGACGAAUGGUGAUGAAAACGAUGAUCAAGACAAUAAAGGACAUCAAUCAACAUCAGACGGGGGAUCUAAAUCUGACGAUGAAAGCGGAGAACAGGGUUCAACAUCAGACGAGGGAUCUAAAUCUGACGAUGAAAGCGGAGAACAGGGGUCAACAUCAGAUGAGGGAUCUAAAUCUGACGAUGAAAGCGGAGAACAGGGGUCAACAUCAGACGGGGGAUCUAAAUCUGACGAUGAAAGCGGAGAACAGGGGUCAUCGUCAGACGGUGGAUCUAAAUCUGACGAUGAAAGCGGUGGACAGGGGUCAACAUCAGACGAGGGAUCUAAAUCUGACGAUGAAAGCGGAGAACAGGGGUCAACAUCAGACGAGGCAUCUAAAUCUGACGAUGAAAGCGGAGAACAGGGGUCAUCGUCAGACGGAGGAUCUAAAUCUGACGAUGAAAGCGGAGAACAGGGGUCAACAUCAGACGAGGGAUCUAAAUCUGACGAUGAAAGCGGAGAACAGGGGUCAUCAUCAGACGGGGGAUCUAAAUCUGACGAUGAAAGCGGUGGACAGGGGUCAUCAUCAGACGGGGGAUCUAAAUCUGACGAUGAAAGCGGAGAACAGGGGUCAACAUCAGACGAGGGAUCUAGAUAUGACGAUGAAAGCGGAGAACAGGGGUCAACAUCAGACGAGGGAUCUAGAUCUGACGAAGAAAGCGGAGAACAGGGGUCAACAUCAGACGAGGGAUCUAAAUCUGACGAUGAAAGCGGGGAACAGGAGUCAACACCAGACGAGGGAUCUAAAUCUGACGAUGAAAGCGGAGAACAGGGGUCAACAUCAGACGGGGGAUCUAAAUCUGACGAUGAAAGCGGAGAACAGGGGUCAACAUCAGACGAGGGAUCUAAAUCUGACGAUGAAAGCGGAGAACAGGGGUCAACAUCAGACGGGGGAUCUAAAUCUGACGAUGAAAGCGGGGAACAGGGGUCAACAUCAGACGAGGGAUCUAAAUCUGACGAUGGGGAUAAAGAAAGGAGACGACUACCACGUGAAAGAUCAAAGUCUGUCAUAGUUUCAAGAACUUUGGACUCAAGUUCAAAAUCUGACAAUAGCAGCAUUAAAAGAAUUUCUACAACAGGCAAGACGUCACAGUCUGAAAAAGCUUCCAAUGAAGAACACGAUCAAAUACGGUCCGAUGGUGACGACAAAACUGUAAAUACAGAGAGGCGGUCUCAAAGCGACAAAAAUCAAUUCGAAAGGAAAAUUAAACCAAAGGGAAAGUUGACAAGCUUCAUGAAAACACUCAAAAAAGGAAAAUUGAACUUGAUGAAAGUCCUUCAAUUACGUGAUGGUAAUCUAUUUCAUAUCGUUGAUGGAAACAGGAAAGAUUUGGAACACAGAAACGCCCGAGGUCAAACAACUGGUGUCGGCAUCGCGAGUACUGAAGAUAUCGGAUACUCUGGGUAUUACAGGUUAGUAGACAAGAUGUGA